UCGAUUAGGAAAAGAAAGAUGGUAUUAGGAUUGUUGGGGUUUUGUAAUAACAAUAACUAAUCAGAUGUUCCGAACGAGGCAUCUGUCUGUCUUGCCAUUCGCGUUUAUUGCCUCUUGAUUCUACACAUCACUCAUCCCGUCAAUCAUCUUGUCACUACACAGAUUCUUCACACCUCACUUCAGUAUGAUGACUCCAGCUGCUUCACGAGUGGCCCCUACUCUGAGGCUCAACCUCGUCCACACUCGCAACCUACACCGUCAGGCCAUCUCUGUACGACCUACACGAUCGACCGUCAUCCGACCCGCUCAAUUCAGGAGCUAUGCGGAGGGUGCCAAUUCGGGUGCUUCUAACAAUACCCAAAUGUUUGUCAUUCUCGGCGCCAUUGCUGCCCUUGGAGGAGGUAUCUAUUACAUGGUCAAACCCAUCAGUGAUGCUGCCUACGCCGCGAAGGGUGCAGUAAAGACUGUUCAGGACACUGCUGGAUCAGCUGGAGACGCAACUAGCGUCAUUGCUCGCGCCGUCCUGCCUCCAUCCGCAUUGGCAGUGUAUGACAAACUGGCAUCUCAGCCGGGUGGUCUGAACGGACUCUUAUCAAGUUUGAAGGACAAGGAUCUACAAGGAGUCAUUGACGAGGUCAAGAAGAUCGGCGGAGAUGAUGUCAAACGGGUCGUCGAGAAGGUCGAAGCAAAGGUCAAAGAUGCCAAGGGCAAUGUCCAAAAUGUCGACUGGAAAGCUCUCGCCAAAGAGCUUAAGAAGGAGUUGCCGAAAGAGCAGCAAAACUUGGUCGACCUCCUCAUUGGUUAUGUCCCCGACAAAUCCGACAUUGAUGGCAUGAUCAACAAGGUCAAAUCUGAAGCUGCGGAUCAACUCAAGCAGCUCGAAGCCGCGUCGAACAAGAUCUGGAAAGAGGUCGAAAAGGCAAAGAAGGAAGGCAAGGGACAAGCCGACGCACUCAUCAAGGGAUUCAAGUCGGCUACCCCUGACGAUCUUGAUGACCUGGUCAAACAGCUCAAGGAGGCCGCCAAGAAGGCGGGUCUACCAGCGGACCAGAUUGAAUCUUGGCUCAAAUCCAAGGCUGAUGAGAAGAACAUUGAUCCCGAGCAGCUGAGCAAGCAGCUCCAGAGUAAACUCAAGACGGCUGAAAAGUUCUUGCCUGGCCAACCCAAAGAUCUCGUCAAGCAGGUCGACCAGAUCAGUCCUUCAGCCGCCAAGCUAUUGCAGCAGGCUAUGGAGCAGGCUGGAAUUAUGAAGGCCUAAGUGGACAUUGCAACAUCGUCUAAUAGGGUCAGGGUACAGCACGGAUCGGCGAACAAACAUAGCUAGCAAUGUAUAACACAAAGUGCAA